AUGGAAGAUGAUCUUACUCCUUUACUAAAGGAGGAAGAGACAUCAGACUUCGAUUCAGAGCAGCCGGCUUAUCUGAGGAUAGUUCUGGUGGGUAAAACUGGAGCAGGGAAGAGUUCAACAGGCAACACCAUCCUGUGGAAAGAUGCCUUUACAGAAGAGGUUGCUUUUGUGUCUGUAACUGAAAAAUGUGAAAAACAGAGUGGAGAGGUGGGUGGGAGGAAGAUUGAUGUCAUCGACACCCCGGGACUCUUUGACACAACCAUAUCUCAAGAAGAGAUGACAAGUGAAAUAGUCAGGUGUGUAGAGGAGUCAGUCCCAGGACCUCAUGCCUUCCUGCUGGUGAUCAGACUGGGGAGGUUCACAGAGGAGGAGAGGAACACUGUGAAGUGGAUCCAGGAGAACUUUGGAGAAGAAUCCUUAAAAUACACCAUCAUUCUGUUCACUGGUAAAGAUCAGUUGAAGGGGAAAACAGUUGAAGAGUGUCUGAAACCUUGUGUUUCACUUCAGAAACUGAUCGAAAGUUGUUCGGGAAGGUACCAUUGUCUCAAUAAUGAUCAGAGGGAUGACCGUGUUCAGGUCACACAGCUGUUGAGGAAGAUAGAAGAGAUGGUGGAGAUGAAUGGAGGAGAGCACUACACCAAUGAGAUGUACCAGGAGGUUCAGAGGAAACUGAGAGAGGAGGAGGAGAGAAAAAAACAGGAGAUGGAGGAGGAGAGGAGGAGAAAGGAGGAGGAGAUACUGGAGGAAGAGAAGAGGAGACGGGAGGAAGAAAAGAGGAGACGGCAAAGUUUAACGCUGGCUAGAUUCACAGAGGAGGAGAGGAAGACUGUGAGCUGGAUCCAGAAGAACUUUGGAGCAGACGCUUCUCCCUUCACAAUCUUACUGUUCACUGGGCCCGAUCAACUGGACGGCAAACCAGUGAUGACAUUCCUGAGUGAGAGUGAUGAGCUUCAGAAACUCAUCCAGGUCUGUGAGAACAGGUUUCAUGUCUUUAACAAUAGAGAGAGUGGGAACCGCACUCAGGUCACAGAGCUGCUGGACAAGAUAGGGAAGAUGGUGGAGAACAAUGGAGGACGUCACUACACCAGUAAGAUGUAUGAAGAGACUCAGAAUAAGAUCAAAGAGGAGGAGAAAGAGACAGGAGGAGGAGAGGAGAAAAGCCUCUUUGAUACAACACUGUCUGAACAGGAGAUGAAGAGGAAAAUAGAUGAGUGCAUUAAGAAGUCAGUCCCAGGACCCCAUGUGUUCCUGCUGGUGAUUAGGCUGGCUAGAUUCACAGAGGAGGAGAGGAAGACUGUGAGCUGGAUCCAGAAGAACUUUGGAGCAGACGCUUCUCCCUUCACAAUCUUACUGUUCACUGGGCCCGAUCAACUGGACGGCAAACCAGUGAUGACAUUCCUGAGUGAGAGUGAUGAGCUUCAGAAACUCAUCCAGGUCUGUGAGAACAGGUUUCAUGUCUUUAACAAUAGAGAGAGUGGGAACCGCACUCAGGUCACAGAGCUGCUGGACAAGAUAGGGAAGAUGGUGGAGAACAAUGGAGGACGUCACUACACCAGUAAGAUGUAUGAAGAGACUCAGAAUAAGAUCAAAGAGGAGGAGAGAAAGAGACAGGAGGAGGAGAGGAGAAAAGCAAACAAACAUUUGAGAAAUGCUCUAUUCCAAAUAGGUGGUGUAGCUCUUACAGGUCUGGGAUUUAUGUUGGGAUUUCCACCUUUAAUAGUAGCUGGAGCUGCUAUUACAGGUACAGCGGUAGUUGAGAAUAUUGCAGACAAAAAUGACAAGUAG